AUGACUGAACAUCAUCUUUUAAAUUCUCCAACAGAUGGAAUAACUGCUGUUCAUUUUUCUCCUAAUAAUCAAAGUCAAUUUUUAAUCGCUUCGUCAUGGGAUUGUGGUGUUCGUUUAUAUGAUGUUAAUCAACAUACAUUUCGUCAAAUGUACAAACAUGCUGGUCCUGUACUAGAUUGUUGUUUUGCGGAUUCAUCAAGAACAUUUAGCGGUGGUUUAGAUCGUAUUUUAAAAACGUAUGAUUUCAAUGCUCAAAAAGAAACUAUAAUGGGACAUCAUGAUAAUGCGAUACGCAGUGUACAUUAUUCACCUGAAUUCAAUUUCGUCAUAACUGGCUCAUGGGAUUCAACUGUUAAAUUUUGGGAUUCACGUGCACCCAAUUGUCUUGGUUCUUGUUCACUGCCUGAUAAAAUCUAUACAUUAGAUAGUGUAGGUGAAAUACUUGUUGUUGGAACAGCACAACGUAAAAUAUCCAUUUGGGAUUUACGUAAAAUCAAUAGUCAAAGUCCACUCGAAAAUCGAGAAUCAAAUUUAAAAUAUCAAACACGUUGUAUUCGGUGCUUUCCAAAUAAACAAGGAUAUGUUCUUAGUUCAAUUGAAGGCCGAGUUGCUGUAGAAUUUUUUGAUCCAAAUCCUGAAGUUCAAAAGAAAAAAUAUGCAUUUAAAUGUCAUCGUUCAAAAGACAACGGAAUUGAAAAUAUCUUUCCUGUCAAUGCUAUUGCUUUUCAUAAACAAUAUGGAACAUUUGCAACUGGUGGUUCCGAUGCAUAUGUGAAUAUGUGGGAUGGAGCAAAUAAAAAACGUUUAUGUCAAUUCCAUCAGUAUCCAGCUGGUAUAACAAGUUUGGCAUUUUCAUCCGAAGGAAAUAUGCUUGCUAUUGCAUCGUCAUAUAACUAUGAAUAUGGUGCUGAUCUACAAUUGGCACCGAGUGAUGUUUCGAAAAAUAUAAUAUUUAUUCGACGUGUUUCUGAUUUAGAAACAAAACCUAAAUGA